AUGGCGCUUCUUUGCCAAGAAAGAUUUUAUGAGAACGAUAUACUCUCUGUGGCAGACAGAUCAUCGCCGCUUCAUACCGGGAUUACUCAAAGUGACUACUUUGCUGGCCCUUUAAUUGUAUUUCUUUACUGGGGCGAGAAUUGGAGCUUUCAUACCAGCCCAUGGGGACAAAAAAAGAAAGAGGUCUCCGAUACAAGAUUUGGAAUUGGCAUCCAGGACACAAAAAGACCGCAAUUUGCAUCUGGCUACAUCCUUCUGGCCCUCGCACUUGAGCACGGAGCCCUCUUCGGUAUUGAAACUGCAGAGGACCUAGCUCAGUAUGAUCUUUCUAAUGGGCAAAUUCCACUACACUGGAACGAUGAAUAUUUAGAAAAGCCUGUCCUCAGAAAUGUUAUAGCUGAGGGACCUCAAGACACUCCGCUGGCUAAAGACGCAUUUGGAAAAUGCCUAGAGGAGAUGCUUGCUGCUGCUGGGUAUACCACGAAACCAAAAGUUCACGAGAUUCGAAAGCAUCUCGGAAAAAAGAUUGAAGGUGGCCUUCCAAAGCCUAACCAGCACAGGAGGAUUGGGAGAUUUUACGAACCCGGACUUCCGGGCGAGCUACCGGCCGAAAUAGAAGAGAGCAUCUUGAAGAAACCUGAAAUAUUGAAAAUCAGAGGCAGGAUCGAGCAACUUGAAUCCCAAGUUACCGACAAAGGCUCUAUACAGGCGGAGAAAAGGGUUUAUAGAAAAUCUCUAAUUCGACAUCAUCAACUGGAGCUGAAGCAGCAUCAAUUGCGCUGGGUCCGAGAAAGACGAGAUCGCAGAAUACUGAACAAAUGGAAAAGAUGA